AUGGUCACCCUGCCAGUACAUCUACAGGCUCAGAUGGUCACCCUGCCAGUACAUCUACAGGCUCAGAUGGUCACCCUGCCAGUACAUCUACAGGCUCAGAUGGUCACCCUGCCAGUACAUCUACAGGCUCAGAUGGUCACCCUGCCAGUACAUCUACAGGCUCAGAUGGUCACCCUGCCAGUACAUCUACAGGCUCAGAUGGUCACCCUGUCAGUACAUCUACAGGCUCAGAUGGUCACCCUGCCAGUACAUCUACAGGCUCAGAUGGUCACCCUGCCAGUACAUCUACAGGCUCAGAUGGUCACUCUGUCAGUACAUCUACAGGCUCAGAUGGUCACCCUGCCAGUACAUCUACAGGCUCAGAUAGUCACCCUGCCAGUACAUCUACAGACUCAUAUGGUCACCCUGCCAGUACAUCUACAGGCUCAGAUGGUCACCCUGCCAGUACAUCUACAGGCUCAGGUGGUCACCCUGCCAGUACAUCUACAGGCUCAGAUGGUCACCCUGCCAGUACAUCUACAGGCUCAUAUGGUCACCCUGCCAGUACAUCUACAGGCUCAGAUGGUCACCCUGCCAGUACAUCUACAGACUGAGAUGGUCACCCUGCCAGUACAUCUACAGGCUCAGAUGGUCACCCUGCCAGUACAUCUACAGGCUCAGAUGGUCACCCUGCCAGUACAUCUACAGGCUCAGGUGGUCACCCUGCCAGUACAUCUACAGGCUCAUAUGGUCACCCUGCCAGUACAUCUACAGGCUCAGAUGGUCACCCUGCCAGUACAUCUACAGGCUCAGAUGGUCACCCUGCCAGUACAUCUACAGGCUCAGAUGGUCACCCUGCCAGUACAUCUACAGACUGAGAUGGUCACCCUGCCAGUACAUCUACAGGCUCAGAUGGUCACCCUGCCAGUACAUCUACAGGCUCAGAUGGUCACCCUGCCAGUACAUCUACAGGCUCAGAUGGUCACCCUGCCAGUACAUCUACAGGCUCAUAUGGUCACCCUACCAGUACAUCUACAGGCUCAGAUGGGCACCCUGCCAGUACAUCUACAGACUCAGAUGGUCAACCUGCCAGUGAAUUUAGCUCAAAUAGUCACCCAUGAAGAAUGUAUUGAAUUUCAACAACCAGAACAGCGGGAACUCACAGGGCUAUUAUCAUUUUGA